AUGUUUCGCAUGCAACAAAAUGCCUUCGACGACGCCGUUGCCAAGGCAACGGAUGAGAACUUGACGUCGGAAAAUUGGGAAUUUAUUCUUGAUGUUUGUGAUAAAGUCGGUGGUGAGGAUACGGGCGCAAAAGAUGCUGUUGCUGCAUUGAUAAAGCGAAUCGCGCAUCGGAAUGCCAACGUUCAACUUUAUACUUUGGAAAAUUGUGGGGUGAAAAUGCACCGUGAGCUGGCCUCAAGAAGCUUCACGGAUUCCCUUUUACGUCUUGCAAAUGAUCGGAAUACCCACCAACAAGUAAAAGCGAAGAUACUGGAACGAAUGGAAGAAUGGACAGAAAUGUUUUCGAACAAUCCUGAUUUCGGCUUAAUGGAACAAGCUUAUAUGAAACUCAAGUCACAAAAUCCAAAUCUCCAACCCCCAUCGAAACCAACGAAGCGGCAAAUUACCGACUUUGAUAGACAGAAGGAGGAGGAAGAACUUCAAAUUGCGCUCGCAUUGUCUAUUAAGGAUAAGCCUUCCACGACCCAGAGCACAAACACUGCACAGUCUACUUCCAGCCAGGAAAAUCAGAGCGCGCUGGCAGCCCUCCACCCUGUUCCAUCAGGAACUACCGCAGCCACCGUUUCUCGGGUUCGAGCCCUUUAUGACUUUCAGCCAUCUGAGCCUGGAGAGCUCCAGUUCCGCAAGGGCGACGUUAUUGCUGUUCUCGAAUCCGUCUACAAGGAUUGGUGGAAAGGUUCCUUGCGCGGUCAAACUGGAAUCUUCCCUCUGAACUAUGUUGAGAAACUAUCAGAUCCAACGCAAGAGGAACUCCAAAGAGAAGCCCAAAUGGAAUCCGAAGUUUUCGCCGAAAUAAAAAAUGUGGAGAAGCUGUUGACCCUGUUGAGCACCAGCAGUUCAGAAUUGAAUGUUCAGGACAAUGACGAAAUCACCACUCUGUACCAUUCGACCCUGGCUAUACGGCCAAAGCUUAUCGAAUUGAUUGGCAAAUACUCGCAGAAAAAAGAUGAUUUCACGCAACUUAAUGAAAAGUUCAUCAAAGCUCGAAGAGACUACGAAUCCCUUCUUGACGCCUCGAUGGCUCAUCCAGCACAACCAUACUAUGGACGGCUGCCAAAGACUACGUACGGUUACCCAUUGCAAAAUACGUCCGUGGGAUAUCCCCAAGGCCCUCCACAAGAUGAUCCGCAGCGUUACUAUACCGCUCGCCCGCAAGAGGGCCAGAAACCUUUUCAAGCUGCUCAAACCCCACUCUACAGUUCUGAACAAGUUCCACUUCCUUACCCAAACAAUGGACAGACAUCCGACACCAGACAACGAACUCCCAGCGGUUCACAACAUUUGUCGCAGCCCCAACAACCAUUACCAUCCGACGAGUACGGGGCAAACAGUAUUGUUCAGAGCCAUUCUGAAGUGUCUCCGACUACCCUCAAGAGCUUGCGACAUCGGUGCUACCAGACUCAACCAUCUGCCUCGCAGCACAAGCCACAGUCGCAGCAGCCUCCAGACUUUUCUUCCGCAUCAUAUUCGCCCGUCGGUCUUUCCACACCGCAAACUCAAUCUGCUAAUCUACCUUAUCCCUCUCAAUCGCAUCCACUUCAGCAUCGCCAACAACAGCAAAACUUCUCUACAUCUAUUCCGCCUCAGCCUAACAAUGCACCUCCACCUGGCCUCCCAUCAGGUACCCCGGGUCAGCCUCCGUAUCCUAUUGUCCCUGCUGGUGUGAGACCGGGACCUGCCAGUGAAGGGUACCAGCCCCAUCACACCAUCGGCGGCACACAAUCCGCUUCUUCAAACGUAAAUACAAACCCAAGUUCUUUCUAUCGGUGA